AUGCAUGCAAUUUGGUUCUAUCUAGCAGCAACAGAUGUUUGGUUAGAAUCAAACAUUGUCAUACAAAAGUGGAGCUCAAAUGAAACUGACUUAUUAGAAUUAUGGGACAGAUUGGUGGAGAAGGUAAGCAAAGAUGUGUUAGAGGAGAUAGCCAUGGUUAUGAGGAACAUCUGGUUAAGAAGAAAUGAGUUCAUCUUUGAGGGAGUUUUUAAAAGUCCAAGCCAAGUGAUAAAAGCAGCUAGAGAUGAAUUAAGAGUGUUCCAACUCGUUCAACAAAAUGCAAGACAUACCCCAGUUCCAAGAGUAGAAAGAGGGGUUGUUCUGUGGAGCAGACCAAGAAAGUCCUUUGUUAAAGCAAAUUGGGAUGCAACAGUGUCCAUAAAAGAUAGAAAGGUGGGGCUCGGGAUGGUUAUUAGAGAUGAGGAAGGGGAGAUUUUGGUUGCUACAAGAGAAUAG